AAUGUCCUGUUUCUUCUUCUUCCUGAACUGGGGAGGAACGGCCUAAGGAGGGGCUGCGAGGGUGGUGCGUGGGGUUACAAAAAUCAUCGUCUGGGGAGGAGCUCGGGAGAAGAGGAGAAUGGCAGAAAUGUGUGACUCCAAGGAGCCGGGGGACCCCGAAGAGGAGAUGUUUGGGGGCCAGAAAGUGACAAGGAAAUACACUGGACUGCUCAGGAGCUCAAGCAGCGUGUCAGCGUGUCUGACCCGGGCCCAGUUGCCUCUGCUGCUGCUUCUCAUCUCUUUGGGCUUCUUCAUGCUCCUGGUGGCCACCCUGGUUCAAGUCUCCAGAAUCCACCAAUCCCUGCAGAAAGAGACGCGGGACCAUCAGGAGAGCCCCAGCCAAGUGUGUGUUUCUCAGGAGCCGACACGAUCAGACCUGGAGGACAUCCUCCAGCAACUGACCUGGAUGAAUGCCACCCUGGCUGGCCUGUGCCUCCCCUGUCCCUGGAAAUGGGAACUCUUCCAGGGAAGAUGCUACUUCUUCUCCCAGACCCAGGACAUCUGGAAAGAUGCCAUUUCCGCGUGUCAGAACUUGAGGGCCCAGCUGGUGGUCAUCAACAGUACCGAGGAGCAGAAAUUUCUGAAGUCUUGGAAUGUGAGAAAUAACCAGCGCACCUGGAUCGGCCUCAGUGACCACCACAAUGAGGGGUCCUGGAAAUGGGUGGACAGCUCUCCUCUGCAACUCAGCUUCUGGAAAGAAGGGGAACCUAACAACCGUGGGGACGAGGACUGUGUAGAAUUGUACAGCGAUGGCUGGAAUGAUAACAGAUGUAAUACGGAAAACUUCUGGACGUGUGAGAAGCCUUCGUCCCCCUGCCCUGGCUCCUGAGGGCCGAUGCUCCCCCCACCCUGCCGGUCUCCAGAGAUCAGGCAGCUUGGGCCUGAGUUCUACUGUUUCUCUGACCCAACCUGCCUGCUUCUCCCUCUGGCGACUUGCCAUCCUCCUGCAUGGACGUCUUUGCGAUCCCAAGGGAGAGUCGGAGACCCCCCCCUUCUCCUCUAAGGCCUGUCUCCCCAUAGGCUGUAGACCUCUCCCUUCUUCUGUGGAUGGUCUCCACCCCCCAACCUCCCCCCACGACAUCGCCUUAAUAAAGCCGCACAUUGCGUUAUGUACUC